AAAAAACAUUCAAGCACAGUCAUAUUAGCAUCAGCAAAUAACUGUCCAACUAAUAAUUCCUGAUAUUUCUUGUUUAAAUCUGUACUUCAUUUUUUUGACUCUUCCCCUCUUUGUUCAGUCAUUUCACUAACAGUGGGACGCAAUACUCCAAUUACUAGUUUUAAAUUAAGUGAAUUGAAUAAAAUACAGAACGUGCAUUCAUCCGAUAUGAGUUACAAUCAGAGUCUCGGAUCUGUAUUUUAAAGUUCGUUUUUUUCCUGGUUUUGGUGGUUUAGGUCUUCUAAAUGCAUUUGCCGUUACCCGUCGGUUCUGUUUAUUCGCUUUUCGUCUGAUGCUGUCUAUCUUCUUUCCUCUUAAAUGUCUCUGUUUAUUUUGUUACCAUUCAUUUGAAAGACAUCGCACUGAAUGAUUGAUUUGCUUAAUGGAUCUUACACGCGACAAAAUUCAUAUUCUAGGAAGUUUUUGCGACACGUUUCGUGAUAUGCAUACUCCGUGCUCUCUAAUUAGCUAUAGGGCUUAUUUCAUUACUACCGAGAACUUCUUUUGCGAGUCAGUAUCAGCCCGGUUUGUUGGGAAAAAAAUAUUCCCUACCGAUUCAAAAUAUCCUAUGGAAGUCUCAUUCAAUACAAUUGAAUGGUCUUUGGCACACAAUAUAACAUUAAAGGAAGGCGAGAUAUACUCGUACAACUUAAUUGCAGAGUUACCACCAGACACUCCUCGCACUAUAUCUACCGACUAUGGAUCCAUCUCUUAUUGUAUAACGGUUGAGAUAGCUACCGACUUUCCAUGCCGCAUACCAAAAACACACAGCGUCGAUGUGAUAGUACCAUUCACUCUCAAUCCCGAUCGAUUAAUAGGUUCACAUGAUAUUCGGUUUGGUUAUCCCUUGUGCGACAAAGCUUUCCAAGAAGUGACAUGCUCACUAAAACACUUUCCUCUCUCUUUACAAGUUCGUUACCCCGAAAAAUGUUACAAAGGUCCCCAGUGCAUUUGUCCCGUAUAUGUUGCUCUGAAAUCCGCUCAAAAUAAUUUCCAGAACCUUGAACCUGAUGGUGCAUCCCGUUACUGGGUUUCAAUUUACUUAGUGCAAGAGAUUACAUUUCUUCUUUUUCAAAACACAUUUCGUACUUCUCCAACAAUUCUCUACGAAGAAGGUCGCUGGACACCUCCACCUGUUGCAGGUCACUCUGCCACGGUUGAGUUUAUUGUCCCAAUCGAAGAUGAGAUUCAUGGAAGUUGCAACGAAAAUCCACAUGUCAAUGUGAAACACUAUAUAUACGUUGCUGUUAAUGACCAUGUAACUCCAAAAACCACAACCCUGGCCGCUUUCACGCCUGAAAGUUUGAAAAAAAGCCGGUCCUUCUUCUAUCGCAGGAAAGAUGAGGGUUGUCAUUUCAAACAAAAUUUAUUACAGCGGUUGCAAUUUCUGAACACGCUAGACUGUAAGAUUCCCGUAUCUUUAUUUCACAGAAAAUUGGAGUCUGAACUUUCACAUUUACCUCCAUACUCUCCCACAAAAAAGGAUCCUUAUUGUUACUACGAAGAUGAUGAGGAUGGUCCAGAGGACGUUAUGCAAUCCACGCAACCAGACCCUCCUCUCUCUCACGAUUUAACUCUGAAACAAGACGAUACUUCUUAGUGGAUCCACUGUACAUUACGUUUUUUCCGUUUGUCUAUUUACGUAUCUUUUCGAUAUUUUGUUAAUUAAUGGUCUAGGCUUAUAAAAUGUUGCCGCUUUCUAUAAAGGAAUUAUAAAUAAGAAACCAUAUUCGAGAUCAAAUCUGUAAAGUAAAUAAUCUGGGUAGCCAGACACUAGACCAAAACCAAGACGAGUGAGU